UUCGUGAUGUUGUUUGCGUGGGGGUGGGGGUGAGGUUGGUUUCCAACAUUUUCCAACACAAAAAUUAAAGAAACAAAAAAGAAAAAAACAAACAACUAACCCAUAAUUAAAGGUGAAGGUGGACAUGUAACAUUCCUCCUUUGCCUCUCUUUUCUCCCUCUCUCUCUCUUUCUCUCUGUUUAUUAUUAUCAUUGAAUUCCUCUGGUUUCCAUUUCAUUUUCUCAAAUGCUUCUUUAGUGGGGGGUAUCUGAUUGGGGAAGCCACAGCUCCAUUUUGCUUGCAUUUUCAUGGGCAUUCUCUGAUUCUGCACCCAUUUCCUGAACCUAUAUCUCAUUCUUUUAUUGCAGGUUCUGGAGAUGGAAGAGGCAAACGGAGCCGAAAGUCAUUCGACAUCAGCUGCUGCCUUUGUAGAAGGAGGAGUACAAGAUGCCUGUGAUGAUGCUUGCAGCAUAUGCCUUGAGGAGUUCUGUGAAAAGGAACCUUCAACGAUGACUAAUUGCAGGCACGAGUUUCAUCUUCAGUGCAUUCUUGAAUGGUGCCAGAGAAGUUCUCAGUGUCCCAUGUGUUGGCAAUCCAUUAGUUUGAAGGAUCCUUCCAGUCAAGAAUUACUCAAGGCAGUAGAGCAAGAGAGGAGUUUAAGGGCUACUCCAAGAAAUGCCACUAUAUAUAACCAUUCUCUUGGUGGUUUUGAAGUGCAGCGUUUACCACUUGGUGCUAACAAUGCUGAACUUGAAGAGACAAUAAUGCAUCACUUGGCAUCUGCCGCUGCAAUGGGAAGGCCCCACAAUAUUGGUAGAAGGGAAGGCCAGAGGAUUCGGAUAUCUGCUCGUGGUCGUCCUCACUUAUAUGUAUAUUCCGCUCACCCUAGUGCACUUCCUUCAGGUUCUGUUUCUGCCUCAGGAGCAGACACAGAACCAGCAGCAAUUGCUGUAGCUAGUCCUUCUACCCCACUUCGAUCUAGUGGUGAUGAACCAUCAGAGCAGACUUCACAGUAUCAUUUUGUUCAGACUGAUCGAAAUUCUUCCUUAGCAUCUGGAUCAAAUUGGCGACCAAAUCGUAGAGCAAUUUCCUGUAUAAACCGCUCUGCUAGUCAUUCUUCAUCACUUAAUGAAGAUGAUGAAGCAGGACCAUCAGACUUUCAUUCAUUUUCGGAGUCUCUGAAAAGUAAAUUUAAUGCAAUGUCAAUGAGAUACAAAGAGUCAAUAUCAAAGAGCACAAAAGGGUGGAAGGAGAGGCUGUUCUCUCGUACCACUUCCAUGUCGGGUAUUGGUUCUGAAGUUCGGAGAGAAGUGACUGCAGGAAUUUCUAGCAUAUGGGAGCGGUUCGAAACCAGAGCUGUUGGUAGAGCUGACCAAGUUUCUAUGGGAAAUAACUUGGCUGAUGGUUCCUCUACAGAAGGGAGCAACCAGAACAAUGGAGAGAGACGUGGAAGACACUCAGUGACUCAGAGAAACAUACCUACUAGUUGUGCUGCAAGUUCAGCUUCAGGCUGAGCCUGAAAAGUGUUUCAGCAAUCGCAUCUAUCCUCAGCAUUUCAAUUUUUUGAAGGUGUAACCCUUUUCUCCAGAGACGAGGUGCUGAGGAACAGAUGCUUUUGACACCACAGAGUUAGAGCAUUUCGGGUAUGAAAUUGUGAUGGGUGCAUCCGAAUAAGAGAGGAAGCCUGAAAAAGCUUCCAUUUGGACAGAGACAGAGAAGUAAAGAUGAGUAGUUUCUGUGUAAAUUUGUUAAAUAUAUAGCGCAGGAUAUAUCUAUGUUUUGAACUAUAUGGAUGUUCAGAACUUAGCAUUGGUUGUUUUGAUUCUGAAUAUUCAAAAGCUUUGAUGGAAUUGGAAACCUCUUCACAAAUGUGGUUUUGAAGCUUGCUUUUUAUGUUCUUGCA